AUGUUCAGAAGGAGCCAGUCACAAGUCCCCGAGAGGGUUAGGGACUACCAUAUAGGGUUGAGCAGUGGUCCACGGCAGCAAAGGAUUGAUACCGGCCCAUGGACUGUCAAGGGGAGGACAUCAAGAGAGCUUCUAGGGAGGGCAUGGGCGAAGGCGUGCCAUGCUGUCGGUAUUCCCGGCCGGAAAGUCGAUGACCCAUACUUUAAAGCUGCGAUCGUGGAGACCCAGAAACAAGGUGUUGGAAUCAAAAUACCAUCAGGGAGGGAGAUAGAUGGAAAAUAUUUGGAUGAGAAUGUGAAGGAGAUAGAGAAAGAGAUAGAGAAGUGGAAGAACGAGUGGGAUGAAUGUGGAGUCACGAUCAUGUGUGAUUCGUGGACGGGGCCUAUGCGUAACUCGGUCAUUAAUUUCUUGGUGUAUAGCGGUGGCACCAUGUAUUUCUUGAAGUCCAUCAAUGCGUCCGACAAAAUACAGGACCAUUAA